AAAAAUCCAGAGGGUUUGAAACUCGUAACCUUCUAGCCACAAGCAACCUAUCAACAGUGCGACAAACUCACAGUUUCGGAGAACCUCAUCAGUGCUGUGCUUUUGCAGCACGCUUGCUGCAUUCAAAAAUAAGCACGCUGGGGGACCAUAAACACAUCAUCAAAAACAGAGAAAUCAAUAUUUUCAACGAAUAUACCGGUAACAAGGUGGCUUUCGAGAAUAAACAGGAGGUCCCACAACCAAUGUCGCCAGUUUUGGAGCACAUUACACAGGUCAAAUACAUGAUUUGUUAUUACCUGAACAUGAUUCUAACUGAUUAUUUAGCGGCCGCGAAGUUCAGGAUGAAUCUUCUCGUAAGUUCACUGACAAUAUGGUUUUUCACCCCGAUGAGGUGCCAUAGAAGUGUGAUAGCAGUCUCAAAGAAUGCUCACAAAGGAAUCCUGACGGCAGUUACAAGAAACCUUGAGACUUUUCACCAACUGAAGCUUUGUAUUAAGGUCACGGGUUUUGUUCUCAUCCUCGUCAACGACUUAGCCAAUCGCCGAA